AUGGUAUUUAAAACGAAAAAUAUUGUUUGUACUGGAAACCCCAAGUACGUAGAUAAUGUGACCUGUUCUGUGAAGGCACGAAAUUGGAAUAAUGCAGUUGCUUACAUGGAUUGUGAUUUAGUUUUGCCCCUUCAGAAUACUACGUUUCACCUCGAAUUCUUCAAGAAGGGAUAUAAUAAUCGAUACCAUCCGUUUCUGGUCAAUGUUAUGAUCAAAAUGUGCGACGUUAUGACCAAUCGAAAUUUUCUACCUUACGGCACAAUAGCGAAGAAGAUAUUUAAGGAGUAUACAAAUGUCAAUCAUAGUUGUCCUUUUACGGCUUUUGGCACCUACUACAAGUGGUAA